AUGACGGCCAUUCAUGAGAUGAUGCACGCGGCUGGUUUCUACCACACGCAGAGUCGCUACGACAGAGAUGCUUACGUCGACAUAUACUGGGAAAACAUCAUGGAUGGCUAUGCAUACGCUUUCGACAUGUACGAUUCAUCCUACAUCACCAACUACAACGAUUACGAUCUCAACUCGGUCAUGCACUACCAAACGUGGGCCUUCUCCAAGAAUGGUCUGCCGACGAUCACGGCUAAGAACGAUCCGGAUGCAACCAUCUAUCUCGGACAGCCACACGUCGGUGGAGGCUUCGCCACGUCUGACAUUGUUAAACUCAACGAGAUGUACAACUGUUAGA